CCCGCUUCGGCUGCGCUUGUGGCCUGGGUUUUGUUGUGGGGUUUCGUGUUUUGUUUUUUGUUGUUUUUUUUUUUUAUCCUGCCGGGGUUCUCGUGCCGUGUGGCCGACCCAGCGUCAUGGGGAAGCGGGACAACCGAGUGGCCUACAUGAAUCCAAUAGCAAUGGCCAGAUCAAGGGGGCCAAUUCAGUCUUCUGGGCCAACAAUCCAGGAUUAUCUAAAUCGACCAAGACCUACCUGGGAGGAAGUAAAAGAACAACUCGAAAAGAAAAAGAAAGGCUCCAAGGCUUUGGCUGAAUUUGAAGAAAAAAUGAAUGAGAACUGGAAGAAAGAGCUAGAAAAACACAGGGAGAAACUAUUAAGUGGAAAUGAGAGCUCAUCUAAAAAAAGACAGAGAAAGAAAAAAGAAAAGAAGAAAGCUGGUAGGUAUUCAUCUUCUUCUUCAUCAAGCUCUGAUUCUUCCAGCAGUUCUUCAGAUUCUGAAGAUGAGGAUAAGAAACAAGCAAAAAGGAGAAAGAAGAAGAAGAACCGUUCACAUAAAUCUUCUGAAAGCUCUAUGUCAGAAACUGAGUCAGACAGUAAGGAUAGUUUUAAAAAGAAAAAGAAAUCAAAGGAUGUGACUGAGAAAGAAAAGGACAUUAAAGGACUUGGCAAGAAAAGAAAGAUGUAUUCUGAAGACAAAGCCUUAUCAUCUGGGUCCUUGUCAGAAUCAGAUUAUGCUGAGGAAGUACGAGCAAAAAAGAAGAAAAGCAGUGAAGAACGAGAAAGAGCAACAGAAAAGACAAAAAAGAAAAAGAAGCAUAAGAAACACAGUAAAAAGAAGAAAAAGAAGACUGCUAGUUCAAGUCCUGAUUCAUCGUAACAUUUAGAAAAACCUGGAUUCCCUUAAAGAAAGUGCAAUGUCUAAGAAAAUUUCAACUGUGAAAAUUAUGACAUAUUUACUAAAAUGCAUGAACUUUCUUGUUUCUAAAAUUAUUCCUGGACUCUACAGUAGCCACUCAGGUGCUGCUGUUUGGAAGGUCAUGAUUGCUGCCUGCGUUUUGAGCAUCUACUUUCUCCUUUGUGCUUGAUAACUCUCGGAGAUAUUACACACACUGCAGUCAUGAUAGUGGUUAAGACAUUUGGGAAUAAAGCUAAUACUUUUGACUAGAUAUAUCUAUGGAUAAACAGAAAUUGAAUCUGGAUGUAUCUUUAGAUGCAGUCAGAAAUGACAGAUGAUUCUAGUUAAAAUUUUUGAAGUAGGGAUUACAUUAAUGCUUCAAAAAUCUUGUAGAUAAGUGUAUUUUAAUUUUUUCCCCUGUAUACUUUUAUUUACCUGGGAAGGAACUUUUAAGGCGGGAGGGUGGUUUGCUAUCUAGCUAGCAGAAUAGCGUGCCUUUGAUCCUCACACAUCUUAUUUUUGUGGACACAGCAGCCAUGCUUCCUGGGGAGUUUAGAGCUGGGUGCCAGCAGUCUUGUCCUUUACUGAGCUUAGUAACAUCCUUGGAUUUUGUGUGCUGCUUUGAGUGAGUCAGAGAUGUGAAGCCCUUUGCAGCAUGAGAAAACCCCCAAAGCUCGGAAUUUACCUCCACAUCUAUAAUAACUGAAUGUUUUUUAGCAUUAGAAUGUGUUAUGUUGUUUGAAUUUUGACUACACUUUGACUUUGGAGAGGAAUAGUUUCAGAUAGACACUGGUACUUUUUGAAAUGGAUAGUUGAAGAUUCUAAAAUGCAUGUUUUAUACUGUUAAGUUUUAACCAGUCAAGAAAAUUUUAUGUAACCAGUGAUUGUUACCUUUAUUUUUUGUAUAAAUUUUGUUUAGGCUGCAAUGUUUAGCUUUAGUUAACUCCUUACUCUUGCUGUCUUACAUUCAUUACUAUGUUUAAUGGCAUAUUUGCCACGAUAUUUAGCAUGUAAAAAGCAGGGAUUUCAUUUCUUUUUUUAACAGCUUCAUAUUGAAGCUGAGACCAUACACAAGUUGAGUGCAGGCUUGAUAUGCUAUAUCUUGUUAAAUAAAGCUGUUGCCAGAAUCUUAGUAAAUACAUUUUAAAAGUCUGUUGUCUUUCUAGGUUAGUAACAAAAUAUAGUAAGUUAACUUUAAGUGAGAAUUACAUUACUUCUCUUUCUGUGUCAUUUUACUAAGAUUUUGUGCCUCAGAUAUUCUGCUGAAUUAUUAGGAAUGUUAAAAGGAAUUGAUAAAUUGUUUCAUUUUACAUUUUUAUAUAAUCAGGUAAUAAGAAAUGUAAUUUGAUGUACAAUUUUACCUGUUUCAAAAGGUUUGCUAAUUACAGUGGUAUAUGCACAGAGCAUUUUGGCAUGACAAGAGGCUGAAUAAAUAGCUAUUUUACUUAAAAAUA